AUGAGCUCGAUAACAGAGUCGCUUGUUAACAAGUACAAGAAUACCCAUAAGGACGCGUCAUUAUUAUCUUCACAGUCAGCAGACGCGUUGAAAAACGACUCGACGGACGAAAUUGCAUCAUUCUGGAGCUCAGUGCAGCAUUUGGUCUCAUCCACAGCUUGUGGACUGGCAGAGUUGGUGUACCGUACCGGUAAACAGGAUUUCACGGAUAAGGAACGGGUCGAAAAGCUUCUUAUACAAAAGAAAACAGCAGUAUCAUACGAACAGUGGCUAUCUGCUUGUAAGGAGCUGGAUGAGCUACAAAACUUGAAUGUUUGGAAACAGGAGAAGAAAUCAACACUAUACGAUUGGGAACUCGUUGAAAAGAAUUUGAUGGACCUGCGCCAUGCUAGGGAAUCUGGUGAUAUCAAGACACUGAUCUACCUUAUACGUACAACCUGGUCCAGAAAUGUUGGAAAUAUCGGGAAUGAGAACCUCUAUCGUCACUCACAUAUAGGAACAAAGGUUUUAAUUGAGGAAUACCUGCAUGAAUGCCAACUUGCGCUCGAUAUGGUCACCGCUGAGGAUAACGGUAUUGAAGAUAAGUAUGUUCUUGGAAUGCUUACGCAAACGAGAAAAAACAUUGGAAGAACUGCGUUAGUGUUGUCUGGCGGUGGAUGCUUUGGUAUGUUCCACAUUGGUGUCUUAGCUUCGCUAUUAGAGACGGAAUCCUUACCGAGAAUAGUGUCAGGAAGCUCAGCUGGUGCUAUAGUGGCCAGCAUCUUAUGUGUCCACAAUAAAACCGAACUUGUUGAGCUUAUCGGAACCAUUGUGGAAAAGAACUUCGAUAUAUUUGAUGACGUUACAAGCAAAGAGGGUUUCCUCAGAUGCUUGUCCAGACUAUUCAAAUAUGGAACUUGGUUUGAUAGUCAAAAGUUGAGGGAAACAAUGGUUGACUUUUUAGGUGACCUCACUUUUAGAGAGGCCUAUUACAGAACUGGUAAAAUACUGAAUAUCACGGUCUCACCUGCCAGUGUGCAUGAACAUCCACGCUUAUUGAACUACUUAACUGCGCCGUCGGUUCUGAUCUGGUCAGCUGUUUGUGCAUCUUGCUCGCUUCCUGGAAUGUUCCCAUCUUCCACUAUCUACGAAAAGAAUCCCAAGACUGGUGCAACGCAGGAAUGGAACCAUUCUUCUAUUAAGUUUGUCGAUGGCUCAGUGUAUAAUGACCUCCCUAUCGCAAGAUUAUCCGAGAUGUUCAACGUUGACCAUAUCAUUGCGUGUCAAGUGAACCCUCAUGUUGUGCCAUUUUUGAAGCUAUCAGUCAGCUGUGUUGGUGGUGAAGUUGAACCAGGUUACAGUGCUAUUCUGAAGACUAAACUUAGUCAAUUAUAUGGUGUUUGGUCUGCGGAAGUAUCACACUACUUGGAAAUGUCUGCUGAGAUUGGAAUUUCAAGAAAUUGGUGUACGAAGUUUCGUUCUAUGCUUUCACAACAAUAUACUGGUGAUAUAACCAUAUUACCGGAUUUGUCAGAGGUUACUAGACUCAACAAGAUGCUCACAAAUCCAUCCCCUGAAUAUUUGCUUGAAAUAACUUUGAAAGGUGCUAGGGCAACUUGGCCAAAAGUCUCCAUCAUAAGUAACCAUUGUGGGUUAGAAUUUGCACUGGAUCGUGCAAUUAACAAGCUCAAGAGCAGA